GGAGGGAAGAUCUGCACCAGUGAAAGAGAUGCAUGUUAAAAUGAUUUGGCAAGCAGCUCAGUGGAUGUUAUCUGCAGGCAAGGAUGACUUGAAGGACAGAGAAAUACAAACUCCACAGGAUAAUGAAGAGACAGCACCUGUGUUGCACUGGUUAAGAACCCUGUCUCCUGCUUCCCUGGACUGUUUGGAAGUUGGAGGUAUCCUGAGACGCUCCUAUGGACACACAGACCUUCCCACUAAACUCAAAGGAUCCUUACAAUCAAAGGAUAGCCAAACAGCCAAGCCACCUUCCACUCUGAGUUUAGCAAAGGCUACAUCUGAACCUGAUGUGGAAACUUACAAAAAGACAAAGCUGGAGACACCCUACCCUUUUGAGAGUGAAUCUGAGCCAUUGCCAUUGCCUGCAUCCUUCAGGGGUGUCUACAAAAAGCAUAGACAAGCUAAUGAAGCUACAGCUGAACUCAAAGAGACUUGUCUUGCUGCACUUCUUGAAGACGUUAGAGGCACCCUGUCCGAUCUCACCAGAGAGCGACAGAGUGACAGGCAGCAGCACGGACGCAUGCUCCAGUUGACCACACACCUCAGAGAGCAUGUGAAGCACUUCAUCACCCUGUGCAGUGACUGCAAUGUUCCCGAGACACUUGACAGUCUCAAACCACAAACCAAUGACACUUUGACCAUAAUAAAGCAGGCAACCAACCAGGCAGGGGAUUAUCAAGAAACAGCUUAUCAACCGAACCCUGGACAUCCUUGUUUGUUGCAGUGCUGUGCAAUGAUAGAUAGAGAGACUGCAGCAGCCUUGUCCAGGAAGGCACAGCCAGAGGAGGAAUCGGUUUAUCGGGAAUACCAAGUCUCCAGGCAGAAGGUUCAGGAGCUUCGAGACCAGUUACAUCAGCAGCGUCUUCACAGUACUGUGCUGGAGUCUAAUAUACGACUGCUGAAAGAUGAACUGAUCCGAUUACAGAAUCACAUUUCCCUUGCAGGAGCUACCAACAAUUCCUCUACAGUUAUGGAGCUGUACAAGAGGAUUGUGGAGAUAUGUAAGCAUGCCCAGCAGCUGACAGCUCCCACAGGGAGCACUGUUACAGGGAAGCCUGGCUCCAAUGCCCUUACCCAGGGGCAUCAUUCUGAAUCAAAAUAAAAUAUAUGAACUCCUAUAGAGCUAGGAUGAAUCACAUUGACACAUUUCAGGGGUUGAUGAUGAUCAGUGUUGGGGAAGUUACUUUUAAAUAGUAAUACAAUCAAUUCUCAUGAAUUUCAAGGGAUCAGCAAAAAAAUGUGUCAUUAGUUAUUCGUAUUAUCAGGAACCUAAAGCCGAGUUUUUAUUGAAGUUACAGUAACGCUGAAAUCAAAUUUCAAUUACAGAACAAUGAAAAGUAUUGUAAAUGUAAAAAUAGGGUUGUAAAUUAACUUUUAAAAAGCGUGCUUUGCAAAUGAACUGCAGUUGAAAUUAAGACUGCAUUCUGAUCACAUUUUUAAACCAAACAGACAAAAUGUGUCUCUGUUAAAUGAAAACUGUGCCAAGGAAGUACCUUUUUUUCUUUCUUUUUUUUAACUAUUUACAUUUUCUUCAAAGUACCAGUAAUAAGUUACUGUAACUAGUUACAAUGUUGUUUAAAAGUCGGUAUCCCGUCAAUUUGUACAACACUUUUCAUCACCAGCAAUUCAUCACCAGCGACAAUUCAUCACGGACAAUAACUCAUCGAUUAGUGUUAGGGUUAGGUUUAGGGUUAGGG